UCAACUGGUGCUCCACUUUGAGCCGAGCAGCAGCACUAGUGUGCGGGAUCGGGCCGGGGCUCGGUGUGGCUGCGGGUCGUGAGCGCGUUGCGGGGCCCUCACCUGCCUCACCAUGGAGUUUUUAAUGGGGAAUCCGUUCAGCACGCAGGUCGGACAGCGGAUCGAGCGUGCAACCUGCUCCAGCCUUCCGUCAGAGGACUGGGAACUCAACAUGGAAAUCUGUGACUUGAUCAACAGCUCGGAGGAAGGGUGUGUGCCCAAAGAUGCCAUCCGAGCCAUAAAGAAGAGGAUCGUGGGAAACAAGAACUUCAAGGAGGUCAUGCUGGCGCUGACGGUCCUGGAGACCUGUGUGAAGAACUGCGGCUACAGAUUCCACAUCCUGGUGACGACGCGGGACUUCAUCGAGGGCGUCCUGGUGCGCGCCAUCAUUCCCAGGAACAACCCUCCGUUAGUCGUGCAUGACCGAGUGCUCGGCAUCAUACAGGCGUGGGCCGAUGCAUUCCGCAGCUCGCCCGACCUGACGGGUGUGGUGUCGGUGUACGAGGACCUGCGCAGGAAAGGCCUGGACUUCCCCACAACCGAGCUCAACGGUUACUUCUCAGCCCAAGCUCCGAAAAAGAGUUUGCCUGGAAAUGGGCCCGCUGCUACUACUUUGCCCGCUGUGCGCUUGUCUUCCAAAUCUUCCCUCAUCACACCUCAGACCUCUGAGCUAAAACUGGCCCUUGAGGGAACCAGUGCGCUGACCCCCACCCAGGUACAAAAGCUGAAGACAGAGCUGGGAGUGGUGCGAAACAACCUGACGAUGAUGUCAGACAUGAUGAGUCAGCUGGAUCCAGUCACCGUGAAGCAGGCAGACAUGGAGCUGCUGGAGCAGUUAUACACAGUUUGUAAGGAAAUGCAAGACAGGAUAGUGAAGAUUGUCCCCAGACUCAGCGAGGAGAAGCUUAUUGAAGAGUUGCUGGCAACUAAUGAUGAAAUGAACACAGCUUUCAAUCGCUUCCACAGGUUUGAAAAACGAAUAACAAAUGGUCAAAGCACAGAGCAGAAGAGCCACACUUACGUCAACCUCGCAGAGCUGGACUUAAAAACAGAGUCCGCCAACCACUCGGGGCUCGCAUCGUUUCAGAGCGACAGCUCCCUCAGCCUGUCCAAAGCCGACAGUUUGUCGAGUCAGAUGGCAAAACUUAGUACCAGUGAAUCAGAUGACAUGCUGUCUCAGAAACUACACGUCUCAGCUCAACAAAGAUCAAGUGAUAAGAAUGGCGUGGCAGUGGACGGCCUGGCUCAAGCUCUCGACAGCAGUUUACAGAACACUGGAACGGACGACAGUCCGGCCUCCACCCGCAGCUCUUCACCAAAGUUAGAUUGGAUGAUAAAAAGGGGAAUGAUUCCUAUCAACCAGUCCAAUGUCAUGGAUGAUAUUGAGAAAUGGCUUUCAUUAGAAGAUGAGUAUGAUGACUUUGAGGACUCCGACGGUGUGACCAGUGAAGAGUUUGACAGAUUUUUGGCAGAAAGAGCAAAAGCGGCUGACCGCCUGCCAUCGCUGCGAGCUUCCUCUCAAGACACCAACUUCUCAGAGUCUUAAGCUGUACAUAAAACUAACAAAUUAAUAUUACCCAUAAUCCUCCUGCUACAAAGGCUGGAAACUGGAAAUCUCUACUUUAAAGAUGGUUGAAUGGCACAUAUUAUGUCGGAACUACAUUCCAAACCCCAGGAAAGACGACAGACAUGUUACUGGGGCGCAAAUAGGAUAGAAAAUUAAGGCAUUUGUCAAAGGUCAGAGGUGUCUCCUCGACGUUAGGAAAGUUUGUAUUUGAGCAGACUUUUGCACAUUUUAUAUGGUUAUCUUCCUGCUGUAAAAGGAAAAUGUGGAUCUUGUUACGGAGGCUUUGCAACAAAGGCUGUGUAUUAUAUUGCUGUUAAAUACAGUAUAUGUAUAUGGGUAAUAUGAAGGAUAACAGAAAAAGCCACAAGCAAAUAUUGUUACUGGAAAAAAAAAAAGUCUCAGCUGUAAUAUACUGUAAUAGUUUGAUGUUUCACAUCAGUGUUGUCAGAUAUGAAAAAACCCGGAUUUUAUUUCCUUUUUUUUCUUACUUGCAACUUUUCCCCUUUGAAGAUGUUUUAUUUGAAGUUUAACAGAAGGUUGUGACAGAUUGCUGUCAUUUAUUAAACUAAAUAUAUUAAG